AUGCAGCUGGACAACCACACACAUGCUCAGAUGAUGUCAACACUGUCGCAUAUGUCCAGUGGUCCGUGGUACAUGGGACAUACUACCCGCGACUGGGUAAACAAGAAACAGAAGUUUGCCGGAGAAGAGUCCCAAGAUGACGUCAAGAAACUUCUGGAUUUCUUCAAGAAGAUGCUAAAGAUAAACCCAGAGUUCUUCUUUGAUUAUGACGUUGAUGCAGAUAACCGUGUAAGAAACGUCUUUUGGGCCAACGCAAGUUGCAAAGGAUCCUAUGAAGAUUUUGGAGACUGCAUUACAUUUGACACGACAUAUAAAACUAACAAAUUCCACAUGCCGCUGGGAGUCUUCGCGGGAGUGAACCAUCAUCUACAGAGCACCAUAUUUGCUGUCGCCCUCGUGCGAGAUGAAACAAUACCAUCGUUCGAGUGGGUUUUCAAAACAUUUUUGAGGUGUAUGAACAACAAGCCGCCAAUCUGCAUGCUCACAGACCAGUGUUCUUCGAUGAAGGCAGCAUUAAAAACUAUCCUCCCAGAUACAUUACAUAAGUUGUGUCGGUGGCAUAUCAUGAAGAAGUACAAAGACCACCUCGCCUUGCUGUAUAAGGCGCACGAGAAACUCAAGGAUGACCUCAAUGCGGUGCUGAACCACCCACUAAUGCCGUCAGAAUUUGAACGGGCAUGGAAGGACCUCAUGCAGAAAUACAACUUGCAAAACGACGAAGUGGACAAGUGCAUUCAGACCAGGAAGGCCGUCGAGCACAUAGAGACAGUAGCAAAUGAGUCAGAGGUAAAGACAACAACCCAGUUUGGGUUCGAAGUUCAGCUAUCAAAAGUGUAUACAAGGGCAGUUUUUGCAGAUUUCAAAGAAACACUCUACCGCAACACUGCAUUCAGAGCAGAAUGGUGCCCUGAGAACCAGACAAAGUACCUCGUACACCACUACAAUAGAUCAGAUGCAUUUGACUGGGCAUGGCAUAAGUUCCAAGUGGUCGCCGAUGAAGAGAAAGGUGUCUACGAAUGCGAGUGCAAACUCUGGACACACACAGGUGCGACUCGCUAG